AUGGCGGCGUCUACAGCUCGCUUGGCGGCCCGGCGGCUCCUCCUGCCCUGGACCGGCCGCCUCGCGCCGGGCUGCGGCCCGGGGAGCCGGUGCCUGCAUAUUGGAACAGGCAGGUUCAGAGCGACCAAAGCAGCAACUAAAGUGCUCUUAAAUGUUCCAGAGACUAAGGUUUCUUCUCUGGAAAACGGCUUGCAAGUAGCUUCAGAAGAUUCUGGCCUCUCCACGUGCACAGUUGGACUUUGGAUUGAUGCUGGAAGCAGGUAUGAAAAUGAGAAGAACAAUGGAACUGCUCACUUCCUGGAGCAUAUGGCUUUCAAGGGGACAAAAAAGAGGUCUCAGUUAGACCUUGAACUAGAGAUUGAGAACAUGGGAGCUCACCUGAAUGCCUAUACAUCCCGGGAACAAACAGUGUAUUAUGCAAAGGCUUUUUCCAAAGACUUACCAAGAGCUGUGGAAAUCCUUGCUGACAUCAUUCAGAACAGCACCCUGGGAGAGGCAGAGAUUGAGCGGGAGCGGGGAGUGAUUCUUCGAGAGAUGCAGGAGGUGGAAACCAAUUUGCAGGAGGUGGUUUUUGAUUACCUUCAUGCCACGGCCUACCAGAACACAGCCCUGGGACGAACCAUCCUAGGACCCACUGAGAACAUCAAAUCCAUAAACCGCAAUGACUUGGUGGAGUAUAUAACAACACAUUAUAAAGGACCCAGGAUAGUGCUGGCUGCUGCUGGAGGGGUCUGUCACGACGAGCUGCUCGACCUGGCGAAAUCCCAUUUUGGCAGCUUGCCGUGCGCUCCRGAGGGAGGACUGCCGGCCCUGCCGCCCUGCAGCUUCACAGGGAGCGAGAUCCGGAUCCGGGACGACAAGAUGCCCUUGGCGCACAUCGCGCUGUCCGUCGAGGCGGCCGGCUGGUGUCACCCGGACACGAUCCCGCUCAUGGUGGCCAACACCCUGCUGGGGAACUGGGACCGUUCCCUGGGAGGCGGCGUGAGUUUAUCGAGUAAGCUGGCCCAGGUGGCCUGCCAGGGCAACCUGUGUCACAGCUUCCAGUCCUUCAACACCUGCUACACGGAUACGGGCCUCUGGGGCCUCUACAUGGUCUGCGAGCCCUCCACUAUCCAGGACAUGGUGCACUCUGUUCAGAGAGAAUGGAUAAGACUUUGCACAAGCGUUUCAGAAAGUGAAGUAGCUCGAGCCAAAAAUCUUCUAAAGACAAAUAUGCUGCUACAGCUGGAUGGCUCUACACCGAUUUGUGAAGACAUUGGGAGACAGAUGCUGUGUUACAAGCGCAGAAUCCCCAUUCCAGAGCUUGAGGCGAGAAUUGAUGCCAUCGACACGCAGACUCUUCGAGCCGUUUGCACCAAGUACAUCUGUGAGCAGCGUCCUGCAGUUGCUGCUAUAGGUCCCAUUGAACAACUUCCAGAGUACAACASUAUCUGCAGCGGCCUGUCCUGGUCUCGUGCUUCGUGAAUAAAAACAUCUUUGCGUUUUAAGAACAAACUCCCUGCAGUUCAACGUUUUUUUCACUUGGAGAAAUGCCUUGGGGAAGAUUAAAACUCAAGUACCCCACGCAUUCUUGUGUCUCUGUAUAAUUAAGGAAUGAGUGAAAAUGUGUACAGUAUUUGUAUUUUUAUUAUAAAACAAAGAUUGUCAGUAAAAGUCAUUUCCUGACUUUAGUAGCAUUCAUCACUUGUUCUUGAGCAGCUUUCUUGGCCUUGACCAUUUCAACAAGUUCCUGGAAGAUUUGGAAAGAAGAAACAAGUGAACAACACAUAGGUACCCACAAGCUAGUUGCUGCUUUUGAGGGCAACAGCUAUUGGGCCUCAGCCACUCUAACUGUGGACACUGGGCAGAACCUAGACAGUUUAAUAUCUUAUAGUCAUUUCUCUUGGAACUAAAUGAAGGGAAACUGAUCUCCUUUUCGGGGUGAAUUCUGCUCUUCUCCCCCUCUAGUGCUUCAGAGCAGCAGCCAG